AUGGGCUGGAGUAAGUACACGGCGCCCAUUAUCGCGCUCUCGGCCGCAAUCCAGGUCGCUCUAGUAGCCUACGCAGCUUAUGUCGACGCGCACCCCGACAGGUUUGGCGGCCUCAAGUACACCGAUGUCGACUGGCGCGUUGUCCUCGACGGCCUGCAUGCCACCUUCUCUCCAAAACCCUACCAAAUCGCAGAAGGCCCACUAGGUCCCUCCCUCAGCAUUGGUUCGCCAUACCACCGUGCAACAUUCCGGUACACGCCGCUCCUCGUUCUCGUCCUUUCUCCUGCCGCCAUCGCACCUGUCCUCGGUCGGCUGGUGCUGGUUGGACUGACCCUCGCUGUGCCGCCUGUGCUGUUAGCCGCGGGCGCAGUUGAGUCGAAGGUACAUGCUUUGUGGACCCUCAACCCCGUCGUGCUUAAUAUAAGUACACGCGGGAGCCCCGAGGCCCUCCCAUGCCUCCUCACCGCUGCUCUCGCCCUCACCCUCCGAAGAGCAGGGCUGGGGAGACGAGGCUCGAGCUCCCAUAGAGGCAAGUGGGAGGCGGCCGCGGCCGUCAUCUUGGCUUUGGCAACGAGCUACAAGAUCUACCCCGUCAUUUACGUGGCGGCCAUUUGGUCCGCCCUCGCUCGUGUGUAUGGGUGGCUCGGCGCCGGGGUCUGGCGUUUUGGCUUCAUCACGGCCUCCACUGCGCUAGUCAUCAACGGCGCACUGUGGCUUGUCUGGGGCCAGCCCUUCCUUGAACACACAUUCCUUUACCAUCUCUCCCGCCUCGACCACAGGCACAACUUCUCUCCUUACUUCCUCCCGAUCUACUUCGCGCGCACCAUGUCUGACGAGGGUGGGACAUUGCUGCACGCGCUGCGGAAUCCGCUCGCCAGUUUCCUGCCGCAGGUGUCGCUAGUGCUAGGUGCAGGCUUCGUGCUCACGCCCCGCCUGGGAGUCGAGAGCGCCAUGUUCUUCCAGACAGCACUCUUUGUUGUCUUCAACAAAGUCUGCACGAGCCAGUACUUCCUCUGGCCGCUACCGCUGGUACCUCUACUCACCUUUCCGUCGCUGACAUGGACCCGCCUCGCGGCCGCUCUCGCCGCCUGGAUCGCAGGCCAGGCGCUCUGGCUCAGCCAGGCCUACCGCCUCGAACUGCUCGGCGAGAGCGUGUGGGUGCGCGUCUGGGCCGCCGGAUUGGUUCUGUUUGCGGCGAGUGUGUGGGGUUUGGGCCUGCUGCUAGAGGGGACGAGGGAGCCGACAUCUUUAGCUGAAUUUAAUCCCGUGACAAAGCCCCCUGGGACCGUCGAGACUGGGGCCCGGACGGAGAAAGCGAAGUGA